UCUCUCUCUCUCUCUCUCUCUCUCUCUCUCUCUCUCUCUCUCUCUCCCUCUCUCUCUCCCAGACACACACAGACUGCUGCGUUUUUAUCACUUAUAAGAAUAUAGUUAGUUUUUUCUUUACUCCGUUCUUUACCGAUAUGAAGUCUUUACACAAAGCGCUUUUGAACAAAGACGUGUGUGAGCGCGUGAGGCGGAGAGAAGCGCUGUAAAGCCUCUUCAUCAUCACUGGACCGGUGUGUGCGCGCGCGCGGACAUGUGCUACAUUUACCGGCAAUAAACAACUAACAAAAUGAAGAAACUUCGGAGAACUUUAUCAGAAAGCUUCCGCCGCGUAGCUUUAAAGAAAGAGGAUGCCAUUUUUGAUGAGAUAUGUGUCUCCAACAUGUCCAGUCACGGGUGCCAGAGUUCGGACUCACUCUUCAGGCCCCUGGAUUCAAUCCCUGAAGAACGGCGAGCGCGAGUCCAGCGCACUCAGAGCGGCUUCGAGCCCUUUGAUAAGCAGACAAGUCAGGUGAAGAGAGUGCACUCGGAGAACAACGCCUGCAUCAACGCCUCGGGGAGCAACACACAUGUAGAGUCACCUAAACUUCGCCGUCACUCCAGCCCUAGUUCCCCGACCAGCCCAAAGUUUGGGAAGGUUGAUUCCUAUGAGAAACUGGAGAAACUUGGGGAGGGUUCAUAUGCCACUGUUUACAAGGGGAAGAGCAAGGUGAAUGGGAAGCUGGUGGCUCUUAAGGUGAUUCGGCUACAGGAGGAGGAGGGAACACCGUUCACUGCUAUUAGAGAGGCAUCUCUCCUGAAGGGUCUGAAACAUGCAAAUAUUGUCCUGCUACAUGACAUCAUACACACCAAGGAAACACUCACACUCGUCUUUGAAUAUGUGCACACAGACUUAUGUCAGUAUAUGGAUAAACACUCCGGGGGGCUCCACCCUGAAAAUGUCAGACUUUUUCUGUUCCAGUUGUUGCGAGGUUUGUCCUACAUCCAUCAGCGCUUCAUCUUGCACCGAGACCUCAAACCUCAAAACCUGCUGAUCAGUGAGAGUGGUGAACUGAAACUGGCUGAUUUUGGUCUGGCUCGUGCUAAAUCUGUUCCCAGUCAUACAUACUCUAAUGAGGUGGUUACUUUGUGGUACCGACCCCCAGACGUUCUCCUUGGUUCUACUGAAUAUUCCACCUGCCUGGACAUGUGGGGCGUCGGCUGUAUCUUUAUCGAGAUGAUCCAAGGCGUGGCUGCCUUUCCUGGUAUGAAGGAUGUGCAGGAUCAGCUGGAGAGGAUCUUUCUGGUACUUGGUACUCCAUCUGAAGAAACAUGGCCAGGUGUUCACUCACUUCCUCACUUCAAACCAGAUCGGUUUCCCGUGUAUAGCGCUAAAAAACUUAGACAGGCCUGGAACAAGUUAGGUCAUGUGGAUCAUGCUGAAGAUUUAGCCUUCAGAUUUCUGCAGUGUUUCCCAAAGAAGCGUCUUUCUGCUCACACGGCGCUGCAGCACGAGUUCUUCAACCAGCUUAACUCUAAACUGCAGGAACUUUCAGACAUGUCCUCCAUCUUCUCUGUGUCGAGUUUGAAACUGCAGCCAGAGAUGAACAUCACCAACAUCAAAACACACAGCAAAGGAGCUUCAUGUGAUAAACACUGACAGGUUGCUUUCCCUCUGUGUUCCACCAGGGUGGAGGACAUAAAGGAAGCAGUCUGCUCUGUUUAAAAUUAUUCCUUCCUACAUUUUGUGUGUUUUGUGUGUGUGUGUGUGUAAACAGGGGAAUCUCACACUUAAUGUUAUUCUUUUUAUUUUUUUCAUUAAAAUGUUUACACAUUGUUAAUAGAGAGAACACACACAGUCGUGUGAAUAGAUGUGUAUUAUGAGAAUGUAUGUACAGAAAAUUUUCUGAAUCUUAUUUCCUAUUCUGGCUCUGCCACUGACCCCGCCUUCACCACUGACCCCGCCUUCACCACCGACCCCGCCUUCACCACUGACCCCGCCUUCACCACUGACCCCGCCUCACUCUGUGAUUAGCCAGUUCACAUGCACACUUCUUAUACACACACGUACAAUAAUAAUAACAUUGAUGCUGAUGAAGCAAUGAGUGACACACACAUAUAUCUGUGUGUGUGUGAGUAAUACAGGCAAUAUACAAAUGUGGUGCUACACCAUGUGGUUAGAUUAUGUUCUUUCUGACUGCAACACACUUUGAGACCAGAACUGACUAAAUCACAGCAGACUGAUUUGUUGUGUUUGUGUUUAAUCGAGAGCUUCCUGUGUUUCAGAGCUGUGUGUGGAGUUAUGUGAAGUGCACAACACACACACUUAUAAGAUAUACAGUAAUAAAACAAUACAGUAAGAACAGCAAUGAAAUGUCCAGCACUGUGUGUGUGUGUGUGUGUGUGUGAAUGCAAUUAAUUACUUUGUGUAUUAUUGUCAUGUUACCAUAAAGAUUAAUGCAUACAGAGUGUACACACACACACACACACACACACACUACAACUGUCUCAUACACCCCUCAGUAUGUGUCUUUAUUUAGGAGUAAACAGGAAGCUGGUCAGUUACACAACAGUGGAUUAUUUAACAUCUCACUCUUUACAAACUCAACACAAACUCUCGCUCUCUAGAAAAUGACUUCCUGAAGAAAUGUGAGCAAAAAAUACUACAGUAGUGCAGGUUUCAGUGAGGGUUCUAAUGCUUGUGUCUUCUCUUCCCUGUGAUUGUGUACUUAUCGCUUUAUUAGCUUAAUAGUGUAAGCUAAAUGAGGCAUUGUGGACUUUAAGGGCGUACUCAUUUACCCAGAAUGCAUUGCUGUACAGAUUUAGUUUAAAAUGUACUUCUGUCAAGAGGAGCAAUAAAAUGUUUUUAUUUCAGUUCCAAAAUGAAUAUAUGAUUAUAAAAACACACAAAGACACAGAAAAACAAACAAAACAAAGUAAACUGCAGUUUUCUUAUAUGGCAUGUCAAGGAAAAUGCAACCUUCAUCCCAUAACAUGAUCCCACGAGGCAUCGUCACAUCCGUCACACUCACAAUCAGCAAGAAAAAAGGGAAAUGAAACAAUAUAAAAACACAUCAACAUGAAGUUAGAACUUUCAUUGUCUCUCACACAGAGUAGGGAGUGUGUGUGAGAUGUGUCUUGGAUAUCUCAUGGAGAUAAAUAUUAUGUACUCAUAAUGAAACUUUUCUCUUCAGGGUUUGGCCCAAGCUACACCUCCUUAUAAACUGUGUGAUGUCAUUACUAUUAUGUCCAUCUGUAAAUGUUCACUGUUGUUUUAACUGAAAUAAAGUAUUUCAAUGCAGUAAGA